CAUACGCACAGUUCAUGACCGUGUUCUCUAAAUUUAGUUCAGCUCUCUGCAGCCAAUCCCAUUCCCCUCUCUCAUCUCAAAUGGCUACUCUGUUUCUCAUUUUUCUUCUCUCUCUCGCCAUUAAUUCUCCACCUUCGUCUUCAACCUCCAACACUCUGAGCAGAGCUUCCUCCCUCUCUGUCGAGAAACCAGAAGAUGUUCUAAUUUCACCUGAUGGAGUUUUCACCGCCGGCUUUCACCAAGUUGGUAACAAUUCAUAUUGCUUUGCCAUUUGGUUCUCCGAGCCUUCAUCAUCCUCCGACCGCCACCAAAACCCCACCGUUGUCUGGACUGCCAAUCGCGACCGUCCAGUCAAUGGAAAACGCUCAAAACUCUCCCUCCUCAAAACCGGUAACCUCAUCUUAACUGAUGCUGGUCAGUCCAUCGUUUGGGCCACAACCACCACAUCACUCUCACCGGCUCACUUAACCCUCCACAGCUCCGGCAACCUGGUUUUACGAAACUCCGAUGAUCAUGUCGUUUUGUGGCAGAGCUUUGAUUCUCCGACCGACACCCUUCUUCCGCUCCAACCCUUCACCAGGAAUGCAAUGCUUGUCUCCACAAGAAGCCAGAGCAACUCCUCCUCCGGUUUCUACAAGCUCUUCUUCAACAAUGACAACCUCCUCCGUAUACUUUUUGACGGUCUCGAGGUCUCCAGCGUCUACUGGCCCGACCCUUCUCGUGUGAGCUGGGACAAUGCAAGGUCCACCUACAACAACACCAGAACAGCCAUGCUCGAUUCUUUAGGCAGUUUUGUCUCGUCGGACAACUUGACUUUUAUGUCAACUGAUUACGGUGCUAGGUUGCAGAGGAUAUUGAGGAUUGAUUUUGAUGGAAAUGUUCGAUUGUAUAGUCGCGAAAGGGUGGGGGAAAAAUGGGUGGUUUCAUGGCAGGCCAUUUCGGAUCCAUGCAAGGUUCAUGGGACUUGUGGAGCAAACAGCGUGUGUAGCUAUGACCUCGGUUUUGGUAGGAAAUGCUUGUGCCUUCCAGGGUAUAAUAUGAGAAAUCUUACUGAUUGGUCCUUCGGGUGCGAACCUCAAUUCGAUCUCUCUUACACGAAAGGUAAUGCGUCUAGCUUCCUCAAACUUGCACAAGUUGAGUUCAAUGGUUAUGAUUUCAACUCCUACACAAAUUACAGUUACAUGGAGUGUGAGAGCAUAUGCUUGAAACUGGAAAACUGCAAGGGGUUUCAGUACACAUUUGACCGUGGAAAUGGUUUUUAUAACUGUAAUCCCAAGACGCAAUUGCGAAGUGGGCACAUGUCGGAUUCUCAAGGGUACCUCUAUCUGAGACUGCCUAAAGCCUUCCUCCUCUCGAAUGGCUCUGGCAUAAAGGCACCAAAAGACUACGGGCUUAUAUGUACAGACAGAGUCAUUGAUCUCAACAGAAAUUACGUGAAAAACCAUGUUAGUAAGCCAGUGAAGUUCCUGCUUUGGUUUGCUUGUGGAGUGGGAGGGUUUGAGAUCGUUUGUAUUCUUUUGUUUUUGUGUUUGUUAAAUAGUAGAACUCGGAAAAAGUCCAAUGAGGAUAUGCAACAAGGGUACCUUCUUGCUGCAACCGGAUUCAAAAGGUUUAGCUACACCGAGCUCAAGAAGGCAACUCGGGGUUUUAUUGAAGAAAUUGGAAGAGGUGCAGGUGGAUUUGUGUACAAAGGUGUAUUGGAUGACAAACGAGUUGCAGCGGUUAAGCUUCUUAAUGAAGCUAUUCAAGGAGAAGCUGAGUUUCUAGCAGAAGUUAGCAUGCUCGGGAGGCUGAACCAUAUGCACUUGAUAGAAAUGUGGGGAUAUUGUUCAGAGGGAAAGCACAAGCUUCUUGUUUACGAGUACAUGGAGCACGGUUCUUUGGCCCAAAAUUUGUCUUCGAAUGUGCUUGAUUGGGAGAAGAGGUUCGAGAUUGCUGUGGGCACUGCGAAAGGCCUUGCUUAUCUGCACGAGGAGUGCUUGGAGUGGGUUUUGCAUUGUGAUGUUAAGCCUCAAAACAUACUCUUGGAUUCAAACUACCAACCAAAAGUUGCAGAUUUUGGACUUUCCAAGCUAUUUAACAGAGGCGAGCUUAAGAACUCAAGCUUUUCAAGGAUAAGAGGAACCAGAGGCUACAUUGCGCCGGAGUGGGUGUGCAAUCUGCCAAUCACAUCAAAAGUGGAUGUGUAUAGUUAUGGGAUUGUUGUGUUGGAGAUGGUGACAGGAAAGAAUCCUAUGAUGGGAGGGGAUGCCUUUGAUGGUGAGCAGCGAAGACUGAUCUCGUGGAUGAGGGAGAAGGUAAAUGGAACUAGCUCUAUCAAACUACAGAUAGAAGAGAUCAUAGACUCUUCGUUUGAAGGCGAAUACGAUGUGGAGAAGGUAGAAGUUCUUCUGAAAGUAGCUUUACACUGUGUGGAGGAAGACAAAGAUGACAGACCAACCAUGAGACAAGUUGUUGAGAUGCUUUUACACCUUGACGAAGAUUGUUAGGUAGUUAUGUCUUGUGAGGUUUAGGCUGUGAGGCUCGCUUGACUCAGCAGCACAUAUAAUUUUAGUAUUAUUUCCUUUGAUUGGUAGUUUUGUUUCUGCCAUGUUUGCUUGUCGUAUCGAUUUUCUAAUGCUUGCUCAACUUC